GCUACAUUGAUAACGUUAGGUAUUUGCUAAAGCUACUAUAGUUAACUAGCUGGCUGCUUUAUUGUGUUCGGCAAACUGGAGGGUUGGGAAGUACAGUAUUGGAAUGUAUUUAGCUGGAUGUUACGUAGUGAGGGUAGCUUUAGCCUGCAAUAACAUCUAAAUAAUCUAGCUAGUUAGGUACUUAAUUUAGUUUUAGUUAGAUAGCUAGAUAGGUAACGUUAACUCAUUAGCCCAAAAUUGUUUUGCCUGCUAAUCGUAUUAAUCCAGUUAGCAAGAUAAAGGCAUUUUAAUUUAGAGCUAAUGUUAACUGUGAUGUUUUCUGGUCUGUAUAGCGAUGCAUAUUGGCUUCAUCUGUUUUAGGAAAUUAAUUUAGCUAGUUAAAUUAAGUUGAAGUUCAAAGCCUAGUAAAAAAAAAGCUAAUGUUGCCAGUAACAAACGGCUAACGUUACUUAAAUAUGUUCCUACUGCAGGGGCUUUAAUCUGAUCAAGAUGCUAGUCAGUGAGUGUUUGUUACCAAAACUAAACACACACUGCGUGUACAACAAAUUAGGAACACCUGCACUUACCAUGACAUAGACUGACCAAUGCUGUGUCAAUGCACUUCCAUCAGCGUACAUGAAGGGAAGGAGACAGGUUAAGGCUUGAGACAUGGAUUGUGUAUAUGUGCCAUUCAGAGGAUGAAUUGGCAAGACAAAAUAUUUAAGUGCAUUUGAACCAGUGUUUGUGAUGUCAACAUGGAGAGAGAUGACAAUCAAGAAAAGGGAGAGAUGGAGGAGAUAAAGAGUGAGAAUCCAUCCUCUGACUGCACACUGUCAACUGGUUCUGCUGAUCUCACUCCUGCUCUGCCCUCUGAAAAUCACACAGUUCCUGAGCCUGCUGGGCCAGUGGGAGGAGACGACGGCACCAAUGUGACUUUAGAGGAGCCUAAGAAUCCACCUCCAUCAGAUACUAUGGGUGAGGAGGGGACCCAGGAACUAGAACUGGCCCCUGAUCAGGAACUAGAACCAGACCCUGAUCAGGAACUAGAACCAGCCCCUGUCCAGGAACUAGAACCGGCCACUGUCCAGGAACUAGAACCGGUCCCUGACAAGGAACUAGAACCGGCUCCUUACCAGGUAAAAGAUGAAGAGACUGAUGAGUGCAAUAAGACAGAAUAUCAUAACAGUUCAGGUGGUCAACCAGAGACUGUGCCAGAAGAGGCUUCAUCUUCAGCUGAGAAUGUGCAGGACGACUCAGGGGAGUUUGUGGUCACUAUGUUGGCCAGAGGUAAACUGGAGGAACAAGAUAUGGGAGUGAAGGGGAUGUCCUCUACACUUUCAGAGACUGGCGCCCCAGAGGCCCCCCCAUCCUACCGUGAUGAAGACGUGAUGGCUGAGAGCUGGAGGCAGCACAGGAAGCAUGUGUUUGUCCUGAGUGAGGCAGGGAAACCAAUCUACUCCCGCUACGGCAGUGAAGAGGCACUGUCGUCCACCAUGGGAGUCAUGAUGGCACUGGUGUCCUUUGUCCAGAGUAGUGACAACAUGAUCCGCUCUGUCUACUCAGACGGGCACACGGUGGUGUUCAUGCAGAAGGGUCCUCUGGUGCUGGUGUCUGUGUCAAGCAGCCGUCAGUCAGAGCAGCAGCUGCGUGCUGAGCUGCUGUACGUCUACUACCAGAUCAUCAGCAUGCUCACCCAGGCCAGCAUCACACGCAUCUUCGAACACAAGAAGAACUAUGACCUGCGGCGACUACUGGCCGGCUCCGAGAAGAUCCUGGAUGGCCUCCUCAACCUGGUGGACUCAGACCCCAGCUUCCUGCUGGCAGCGGUGCACUGCUUGCCCCUGACUUCCUCUCUUAGGGACUCCCUCAGCCAGAUCCUACAGAAGGCCAUCACCCCAAACCUGGUCUUCUCCAUCCUCAUUGCCAAGAACCAGCUGCUCACCAUUGUCCAGGAGAAGACGGUGAUUGAGGACACCAGGCUGGAGCCUGCUGAUGUCCACCUGCUGCUCAACCUCAUUGGGGCCUCCUCUGCCUUCCAGGCUGGAGAGAUCUGGACUCCCAUCUGCCUGCCUCUCUUUAACCCUGACUGUUACUUCUAUGCCUACAUCUCCUACCUGGACCCCCCAAAAUGCACUGUGUGUCUGCUGCUGCUCUCCACGGAUAAGGAGGCUUUUUAUGCGGUGGCAGAGUGUAAGAGGAGGAUAGAGUUGGCCAUGCUGGCUCAGAGCUCUCUGAGGCUCAUUGCCAAUGCCCACUCCUACAGCGUGAGCCAGGUGGGUGUCUCAGACCUCAGGCACUUCAUGUACAAGCCCUUUGAUGUCCCAGACAACCACAAGCAGCUCACCCAGUUCACCAGCCCAGAGAUGGAGGCUCCCUACAGCACGGAGGAGGAGAGGAUGCAGCUGCUGGACCUGUACCGUUACAUGCACAGUCGCAUCCACAGCUCCUCCCGGCCCCUCAAGCUCAUCUACCACGUGGCAGAGAGGGAAACCCUGCUGGCCUGGGUCACAAGUAAAUUUGAGUUGUACACUUGCUUCAGCCCGUUGGUGACUAAGGCCCGUGCCAUUAACGCAAUAACCAAGCUUCUACGUUGGAUCAAGAAGGAGGAGGACCGUCUCUUUAUCCGAUACCCACCCAAGUAUUCAACCACGCCCAACCCCAGCAAAAGCUCCCGCAAGUCUGACCAGCAGGACUCCACAGAUAAUGGCUUUGCGUCUCUACUAUAGAGCUGAUCUAGCCCGGGCUAUUCCUCUCUGUCAACAGUUUAUACACCGGUUCUACUAGAAGAGGUGUUUGGCACUGACCACAUCCUACAUCUUUUUGGACUUCAUUGAACUUUGACCACUGGACUAUUGAAGGAUGACUUGCCUUCUUGAAACUGACUCUAUUAUUAUUUCUGUACCUUUUAUAAGAAAGCAUGUUUAGUAACUGUGUUAGUGCUUUUAGGUUCCAACUUGGUCAGGAAAACUGUAAGGAGAAAGCAAACAUUUUAAAAUUGGCUAGUGGUGGAACUUUCAAUAAUAUCUAAUUGUUUUUAUAUUGUUUUAUUCUAUUGUGACAAAGGUGAGAACUCUUCUCAAAGGCAUAAUAUCUGACUCAUUACAUACAACUAUUGCAAUUCAAGCUUUUGUGGUCAUUGACACUGUAGCACAUUACAAAAAUGAAAGUAAGGACUACCUAGAACUACUCCUGAAUUUCUUUUCAAAUGCCUUGCCAUCAUACUUAUUGCUAGAAACCUUAAUGUUGACCGGAUGACAAAUAGGAAAUUAAUUUUUAAAAGUUUGGUUAUUGGUGGGAUGAACAGAAUUUAAAUGUAUCAAUGUCUUAUUUUGAAAUCGCAUCCUCUAGACAACUGGAAUUGGAAGGAUUACCACUCUUGUAUGUGUCUGGAUAGUCCAUGACAUCACCUCUCUACAUGUUUAUUGUUCUCAGUUGAUACAAUUGUUUGACUGGCAUGUUGUCUUUGCAGUUUAGAUUGUAAAUAAUGCUCUGGUAAUAAACAUUCAGUUACAUUUUUC